GACAUCCGCUUGGCAGAGGUUGACGCGGCGGGACGUUCCGGCACUUUUAAUCGCAGUCGGCGCGGCGAUACUUUGAAACAUCUCAAGAGGAGGAGCAUGAGGAAACACUGUGCGAUCAAGCAUGGAAUACUUAAGGAAUUCCUGGCAGAAUUCCUGGGGACCUUUGUUUUGGUUUUAUUUGGCUGCGGAUCAGUGGCCCAAACGGUCCUCAGUCGGAACUCUUUGGGUGAGCCGCUAACCGUCCACAUCGGCUUCUCCGUCGGAUUGACGAUGGCGGCUUACGUGGCUGGUGGAGUGUCAGGGGGCCACGUGAACCCUGCCGUGUCUCUGGCCAUGGUGAUCCUCGGCAAAUUGAAGAUCUGGAAGUUUCCUUUCUACGUCAUUGCUCAGUUUCUCGGCGCAUUCGCAGGAGCGGCUGCGGUCUUUGGAUUAUACUACGACGCCUUCAUGGACUUCACCAGCGGGAUUCUGUCGGUGACGGGAAUCAACGCCACCGGUCACAUUUUUGCAUCCUACCCGGCGAGACACCUGUCAGUUCUCGGCGGAUUCAUUGAUCAGGUGGUGGGCACAGGCAUGCUGGUUCUGUGCAUCCUGGCCAUCAUCGAUGGGGGAAACAUCGGCGCUCCUAAAGGUGUGGAGCCGCUGGCCAUCGGGUUGGUCAUCAUGGCCAUCGGGGUGUCGAUGGGGCUCAACUGCGGCUACCCCUUGAAUCCCGCCCGGGACCUCGGACCCAGACUGUUCACUGCUGUGGCCGGAUGGGGGAUGGAGGUCUUCAGCACGGCAGGCUACUGGUGGUGGAUCCCGGUGGCGGGGCCCAUGGUGGGGGGGGUGGUCGCCGCCGUCCUGUACUACCUGCUCAUCGAGCUUCAUCACCCCCGCGACCAAGCAGCAGAGAAGCCCCAUGAGGAAGGUGAGGAGGAAGAGGAGGAGGAGGAGGAGGAAGAGGAGGACGACGAGGACUGCAGUCUGAAGGACAAAUACGAAAUGAUCGCCAUGAGUUAA